GGGCGCGGAGGACUCGGGCGCUAGCUUCCGGAGCUCGAGAGUUCUCCGGGGAAGGAAGCUGUCAAACGGAGGCCGAGAGAAAUUAGGCGGAGGCUGUUCGAGCAAGAGCUGGAACCCCGCCCCUCCGCCAUGGCGGCUUCGGGCGCCGCCUCUUCCUUUGGCGGCCUCCCUCCUCCGUUUGUUUCCGGCCCUGGGGUCCCGUCCGGGUUCGGCGGCUCCCUCGGGACCCACCCCUGGGCUGUGGCUCCCUGGGGCUGAGGGGGUAGCUGUCCACCCCACCCCCGUCCGUCCCCGUGUGGCCUACACAUCUCCUGUUGCCAACGAGGCCAGAGAUUGACUGGAGAGAGGAGGAAUGCAAGUGUGGCGGAGAUGCAGAGAAACCUGAGGAAGCUCAGUCCUGGCAGCAGCACACCUGGAUUCCUGCCGGUGACAGGAUGUGGGCCGGGGACUUGGCCCGGAAGGAGGUGCUGCGGUUUGCAGUCAGCUGUCGCAUCCUGACUCUAAUGCUACAGGCACUCUUCAAUGCCAUCAUCCCAGAUCACCAUGCCGAGGCCUUUACUCCUCCCCGCCAGGUCCCCUCCGGCCCUGUGGACCGGCUUGUGGAAGGUCUUCUGGGUGGUCUUUCUCACUGGGACGCCGAACACUUCCUGUUUAUUGCCGAGCAUGGCUACCUCUACGAGCACAACUUCGCCUUCUUCCCUGGCUUCCCCUUGACUCUGCUGGUGGGCUCUGAACUGUUGAGACCCUUGCGAGGCCUCCUGAGCCAGCGGAGUUGCCUGCUGAUCUCCAUAGCAUUGCUCAACUCCUUGUUCUCUGUGCUGGCCGCUGUCGCACUUCAUGACUUGGGUUGUCUGGUUUUGCGUUGUCCCCGCCAGGCCUUUUAUGCAGCACUACUCUUCUGUCUCAGCCCUGCCAAUGUUUUCCUGGCAGCUGGUUACUCAGAAGCUUUGUUUGCCCUCCUGACAUUCAGUGCCAUGGGGCAGCUGGAGAGGGGCCGGGCCUGGACUGGCGGCCUCCUCUUUGCUCUUGCCACUGGGGUGCGCUCCAACGGGCUGGUCAGUGUCGGCUUUCUGCUGCAUUCCCAGUGCCGGGCCUUUUUCUUCUCCCUUAUGGUGCUGAACCCCCUGAAACAGCUUGUCAAGCUGAUGGCCUCUCUGUGCCUGUCAGUAGUCUUGCUGGGCCUGCCAUUUGCCCUCUUUCAGUAUUAUGCCUAUACCCAGUUCUGUCUGCCAGGCUCAGCCCGCUCCAUUCCUGAGCCCUUGGUGAAGUUAGCUGUGGACAAGGGCUACUGGAUUGUGGGUGGAAAUGAGCCACUGUGGUGUUCCUGGGAUCUGCCUCUAGUGUACAGCUAUGUCCAGGAUGUUUAUUGGAAUGUCGGCUUUCUGAGAUACUAUGAACUCAGGCAGGUGCCCAAUUUUCUACUGGCAGCACCUGUAGCUAUACUGGUUGCAUGGGCAACCUGGACAUAUGUAAGCACCCACCCUUGGCUCUGCCUCACACUUGGGCUGGGAAGAAGCAAGAACAGUAAGACCCUAGAGAAGCCACCUUCGGGCUUCCUCAGUCCACAGGUGUUUGUGUACCUGGUCCACGCGGCAGUGCUGCUGCUGUUCGGAAGUCUGUGCAUGCAUGUUCAGGUUCUCACUAGGUUUUUGGGCUCCUCCAGUCCUGUUGUGUACUGGUUUCCAGCUCACUUGCUUCUGGAUCAAGAACCAUUGUUGAGAACCCUCGAGACGGUGCCUUGGAAGCCUGUUGCACAAGACUUCCCUCCAGUACAAGAGGCCUCCAGAAAUCCCAUCAUGCACCUCUUGUACCACUGGAAAACCUGUUCUCCAGUCACACGCUACAUUCUAGGGUACUUCCUGACUUACUGGCUCCUGGGACUACUCCUCCAUUGCAACUUCCUGCCUUGGACAUGACCUGAAGUCCCAAAAGACAAACUGGAAGCUUUUACUUAACCAGGGGUCUGAAAGUUUAAGACACACUGGCUGGGACUGCCUGCAUUGCCCGAAGAUAAUUGCUUUGUACAUUAGGAUCUCAGUAUCUCUCUGUCCCCUCCCUCCCUCCCUCGAAGCUGGUUAAUCCACAUGGGAGAAGUAAGGGCCAUGAAAGAAGUGUGAACCUGCUGGUUCUGGCUGGGGUAAGCUUAGGGUAGUGACUAGCUUGUAAGUGGAAAAAUCUUAUUCCAAGUCUGAUGUAUACCUGGAUCUGUCUUAACAGGUUUUUGGUGGCGUUU